GAUGAGCCUCCUGAGGGAGUGUUGAAGAGUCUCAGCAGCACUUUGGUUCAGAGCCUUUGAAGGCGUUGGAGUUGAAGUUAGUUGGUCACACACUCUCCUGCAACUCCUGCUGCGUGUGUGUGAAUGUGUGUGUUCACCGUUUCUUUUCCUGUGUUUCCACGGACUUCCCACCGGGGCCACACUAUGGGAGGACACCGGCUGUCGGCGUCCCGUCAGAGGAUUCUUAAAGUUCCUGAAGCGUGAGCGGGACAAACGGGCAGGAAUUCCUGGAAGAGUCACCCAACUCGACCUCAGGUCUGAGGAAUCUUCACGGAUGCAAUAAAGAUGGCAGCUUGGGGAACAACACUCCUCGCUUUAGCUGCAGUUCUCCUGCACGUGGCGAGAUGUCAGGGGAUUGUGGGAAAAGGAAAAGACAGCUCGCCACUGAGGUUCACACACCACCUCUACAACGUCACCAUCAACGAGAACUCUGCGCCACGGACGUACGUCGACACGCCGGUGAAGAUGGGCAUCGAAGUGACCGACGUGUUCUGGGAACUCGCAUACGAUGUCGUCUCAGGUGAUGACGACGGCCUUUUCCAAGCAGAAGCGGUCAGAGUUGGCGAUUUCUGCUUCCUCAGGAUCAAAACUCGCAGCAGAAACUCAGCUAUCCUCAACAGGGAGGUCCGAGACACUUACACUGUCACUGUGGAGGCAACAGAAAGCACUUCUAACUUCCAGGCGAAGACAAAGGUGUUUGUCCAGGUGCUUGACACCAACGACUUAAAGCCUCUGUUCGAUCCUGCUUCGUACAACGUGGCCAUUAGUGAGGACACCCCACUUCAGUCAAGUGUGGUCCGGGUCAGUGCCACGGACGCAGACAUGGGGAGCAAUGCUGAGUUUUAUUACUCUUUCACCAGCAGAGCUCAUCCCUUUAUCGUGGAUCCGUUCACAGGCACGGUCAGCCUCGUCAAGAAGCUCAAUCACACCCGGUCGGCGAGAUACGACCUCACCGUUUUAGCCGAGGACAGGAAAAAGAAAAUAUCCGGCGUGCAGAAAUUCGGCAAUGUUGCAAGAGUCACGGUAAAUGUCCAUAAGAUGUCAAAGGGGCCUCCGGUUAUCAAAUCUCCCCAAGAACCCACUGUCUCCGCAGACGGCAGAGUAACUAUCAAUGUCUGCGUGGAAGGCGGAGUUAAGUCCGUGAAAUCCCUUAAUAUUGUUGGAGGGGAUCCACACAAGUGUUUUGAGAUAAUCCCCUCAGGUGUGCAGGGCAGUGACUUCCAAGUGAUCUCUACAAAGAGGAUUAUCUGGCCUCAAACCCCUUCUGGGCUGAAUCUUUCCCUUCAAGCUAAAGAAGGGAGCUCCCCGACUUUACUCUCUCAAAUUACACAAAUCCAAAUUCCGGCGUAUCAUUACAGCCCCUUGGCAUUUUUGGAAGACACCUACAUUGCCACCCUGAGCGAGUUCUCACCUCCCAGAACUCACGUACUGAGGGUGUCCGUCACCUCGGGGCCUUAUAACGUGACCUUUAGUAUCAAAACUAAUCCAGACAGCUCCAAAUUCAAGAUAAAUCCCAAAACGGGGAUUAUUAUCACAACAGAGAAAUUUGACUAUGAGGGAAAGGAUCGAUAUGAGUUUGACGUCAUGGCCAACCACGGCGAAGUGGAGACUCAUGUGGUGGUGGAGAUAACGGAUGAAAAUGACAACGGCCCUGAGUUCACCCAGAGCUCCUAUCAGGCCACGCUGGAUGAAAACAGCCCGGUUGGCAGCAGUGUUUUGAAAGUAGCAGCCGCGGACAAAGAUAGAGGCAAAAAUGGCUUUGUGACUUAUGCAAUUGCCAACUCGGGCCCCUCCCCUUUUACAAUAGACCCGUUUACCGGCAUCAUCUCGACCUCCGAACACUUGGACUACGAACUGAUGAAGCGGCGGUACCACCUGAGAGUCUGGGCUUCGGACAGCGGCAGCCCCUUCAGUCAGGUCAGCGAAUGUCCCGUGACCAUAACUCUGAACAAUGUCAACGACAACGUCCCGCUGUUCGAGAGGGUGGGCUGCAACUCCACCGUGCCUCAAGAUUUACCCGUGGGGCACACGAUCUGCGAGCUGUCAGCCAUCGAUCUGGAUGAGCUGCAGCAGCUGACGUAUGUCAUCGAAUCAGGAAACGAGCUCCAAGUGUUUGACAUUGACUCAGUGUCAGGAGCCAUCGCCCUUAACAAGCCGAUUCCCCUGGGGGCCGGUUCGUUCACUUUGAGAGUUGCAGCCACGGACGGAAAGCAUCACUCCGAAGCCACGGUUGUCAGGAUAACCGUCACGAACAGGGGUGACGAGGCAAUGCUCCACUGCCGGGAAACGGGAAUCUACAAACAGUUGACCGAUAAGCUGAUAGAGUCCAUCAAACCCGUCUUAACCAAUCAAGAGGAAGACAUAUUCUCUGACGUUCACAUCACCAACCGAUAUUCCCCCAAGUUUGACCUGAGCAUUCCCAGUUCCAUUGACCUCAUUGAGGACCAUCCGCUGAAUUCCACCAUUGUUCAGUUCAAGGCGACGGACGGUGACACAGGGUUUAACAGUAAGCUGGUUUACGCCAUAUCAAGCGGGAAUGAAGACAGCUGUUUCUGCAUCGACACUUUCUCUGGCGACCUUCGGUUAGUAUGCCCGCUAGACAGAGAGAAUAAGGAGUUCUACAUUUUGAACGUCACCGUUUACGACCUGGGAACGCCGCAAACCUCCGCAUGGAAAUUCAUCGCAGUGAAUGUCAUGGACGUCAACGACAACCCUCCUGUUUUUGAUCAGCACAGAUAUGUGAUUCGUGUGCCUGAAAACGCAGAAGUUGAUUCUAAAGUUUUUACAGCUCGUGCGAACGACGCGGACGCAGAGACGAAUGGGAACGUCCAGUAUUCCCUGCUGACGUCUACCGACGUGUUCGGGAUUGAUGAACUGACGGGCGAAGUCACCGUGAGGCGUCAUUUGGACCGAGAGACCUCACCCCGGCACGACCUGCAGAUUGAAGCCAGAGACCAGGCCAAGCUCAGCCCUCAGUUGUUCUCCACGAUGGACCUUGUGGUUGUUUUGCAGGACGUCAAUGACAACCGGCCCAAAUUUGUGCCUAAGAUUUACAGAAUAAAAGUUCCAGAAGACGUCCCCAUGGGCACCCUGCUCGUCUGGGUCGAGAGCGUCGACUUGGAUCUGGGCAGUGGCGGCCUCGUCACCUACAACCUCAAGAACACAGAGAGCGGGAUCUUUCACCUCGACGCCUCCACGGGGGCCCUGACCCUCGAGAGGGAGCUGGACUUUGAGAGGCGGCCAUCGUACAACCUGACGGUGCGGGCUGUGGACCACGGCCUCCCUCGUUCCCUCUCGUCGUCUUGCUUCGUGGAGAUUCAGGUUCUGGAUGUCAACGAGAACCUCAACCGGCCGGUGUUCUCACAGUUCGUCUAUGAAGCCGGCGUGAUGGAGGACGCGGCGGCAGGGACGUCCGUGGUAACGCUCACGGCUUCAGACAAGGAUCCGGGCAGAGAUGGAGUCGUCAGGUUCCACAUCCACGAAGGCUCUGGCCUCGGAGUUUUCACCAUCGACGAGGAAACAGGCGUGAUCCGCACAACCGAGACGUUGGACCGCGAGACGACGCCUCACUACUGGCUGUCCGUCUUCGUCACCGACCUGGGGACCGAGCCCCUGAUCUCCUGGACGCACGUCCUCGUGGAGGUGCUGGACGUCAACGACAACGCUCCGGAACUUUCCCAACCGGUGUAUUUCGCGUCCGUCCGGGAGAACGUGGACGAGGUCAAGUCCGUGGCGCAGGUGUUGGCCAGCGACGUGGACACUUCCUCUGAGGGGAAGCUCUCCUACCGGAUGCUGGAAUCUCACCAGACGUAUUUCGACGUCGAUGCCAAAACAGGUGUUAUCAGCACUCUCUCAGCCUUGGACCGGGAGGAUAAACCGGAGCACAGCAUCGAGGUGAUUGUCUCGGACAACGGGACGCCGUCGCUGCGCUCCACCGCCACAGUCGUGAUCCGGGUUCUGGACGCCAACGACAACCGGCCAAAGUUCACCGACAAACUUUUCCACGUCAAGCUGCCCGAGCAGCGCCGGAGGGAGGGCAAACGGGAGGUCUGCAGGAUGGUCGCCCGCGACGCCGACGAGGGAUUGAACUCCGCCGUCACCUACGUGCUCCAGGGCGACUGGGACGAGCGCUUCGAGAUCGACCCGGCGACGGGCGAGGUGACGACGCACGGCGACUUCUGGCCCGGGAACUACAGUAUUCUCACGAUUAAAGCCACGGACGCAGGAAGCCCGUCGCUGUCGUCCACGGCUCGUCUGGACAUCGAGUGGAUCGCCCGCCCGUCCCCGUCGGCCGAGCCGAUCACGUUCGACGAGCCCCACUUCACCUUUGCCGUCAUGGAAACGGAGCCCGUCACCCACAUGGUGGGCAUCAUCAUGACGGAGAUGCGUCCGCUGCGGUGGUUUGACAUCGUGGGCGGCGAUGAGGAGAAGGACUUUGACAUCCAGAGGAACAGUGGAACCAUCUCCAUCGCCCGCCGCCUGGACGCGGCUCGCCGCUCCAACUACAACCUGACGGUGCGCGUCACUGACGGCCACCACAGUGCCACCGCGCAGGCCUACGUCUGCGUGCUGGACAUGAACGAGCACCGUCCCGUCUUCCUGAAGACGCUGUACGAGGUGAGGGUCCCUGAGGACACGUCCCCGUGGAAGGACAUCCUGCAGAUCAGUGCUCGCGACGCCGACACCAACAGUAAGCUGCUGUACUCCGUCCACAGCAGCCUCCACCCCGACAGCACCAAGCUCUUCCACCUGGACCCGAAGAGCGGAGUCCUGGUGAUGACGGAGGAGCUGGACUACGAGAGGAUCUCCUCUCACUCCCUCGUUGUGAUGGUGCGUGAUCAGGAGAUCCCAGUGAAGAGGAACUUUGUGAAGGUGGUGGUCCACGUGGAGGACUGCAACGACCACUCGCCGGCCUUCCUAAGCCCCCGGUACGAGGCCCACAUCUCCAACUUGGCCCCGACGGGCUCCGAGGUGAUCCGCGUCAAGGCGCUGGACAAGGACGUGGGCAGCAAUGCUGACAUCAGCUACUCUCUGCACUCCGGAAACAUCGACCACGUCUUCUCCAUAGAUCCGGAGCUGGGCUCCGUCACCGUUUCUAAACCUUUGGAUCUUCAGCCUCAGGACCAGUUCCACUUGACGGUGAAGGCCACCGAUCAGGGCUUCCCUCAGCGCAGCGACAUCUGCUCCGUCCACGUCUUCAUCCGCAUCUCUGACCAAACCCCGCCCGCCUUCCCUUUGGACGAAUACCUGGCGGAGAUCAGUGAGUCCAGCGCCCUCGGAACGCCGGUGGUCACCGUGUCCGCCUCCAGCCCAGCCGCAGUUCACUAUGCGAUAGACGGUGGCAACCCAAACGGGACGUUCCACAUCAACCUGUACACCGGCUUGAUUUCAACCCAAAGGCACCUUGAUUUCGAGGACUGUGCUUCGUACAAGCUCCGAGUCGCAGCUUCCACCACGGCCGGAGCCUCGUCCAAGACCGUCGUCUACAUCUACGUGAUUGACGAGAAUGACAAUGCUCCCGUUUUUCAGCAGAAGGAGUACUUGGGGCAGAUAAGUGAAUCGGCGAACGUGAACAGCUUUGUGAUGGGAGAAAGAAACACCCCCAUGGUCAUCCAGGCUUCAGACGCAGACCGAGAUGCAAAUUCCCUGCUGGUGUACCAGAUCCUCGAGCCAGACGUCUUGAAGGUGUUUGAGAUCGACUCCAGUAUGGGCACCAUCUCCUUAAUUUCACCCGUGGACUUUGAGGCCCGGUCUGAGUUUCAUUUCAGCGUGCAGGUGAAGGACUCCGGGGAGCCAUCACUGUGCGCGGCAGAGCCUGCCAAGGUCACUGUUCGCGUCCUGGACCUGAAUGACUGCCCGCCACAAUUCACUGCCCCAGUGUACGAGCCAUCCAUCAUGCUCCCAGCUGUCAGAGACGCCGAGGUCGUGCGUGUCACGGCCCGUGACGCCGACUCGUCAGUCUCAUACAGCAUCGCUGAGGGGAAUCUGCACAACGCUUUUUCAAUUCACCCCAAUACCGGAGUCAUCACCGUGAGCAAUGUGUCUGAAUUCAGGACAUUUUAUCAACUGGUUGUCAAAGCCUCCGACGGCCUCUACAAAGACUCUGCCACUGUCCUGAUAAAUGCAACGAACCUGACAGCAAGCGAUCUUGGAUUUGAGCAGAGUGUCUAUUCGACAAGCGUCACAGAAAACCUGAAAACAGUCAAAACUCUGGCGGCACUGAAAGCGACAGGUUGCUUCUUGAACGAGCCUCUUUUGUAUUCUGUGGUUAACCCUAUCGGUAGGUUUGUGGUCUCCCAGACGUCGGGCGUACUUGAAACCACAGGCAUCCCCUUCGACCGAGAGGAGCAAGACGUGUAUGACGUGGUGGUGAAGGUACAAGACACGAGAACACCGCCCAGGACGGCUACAACGCAGGUCAAGGUUUUUAUAGAUGACGUCAAUGACAAUCCUCCGCAGUUUCUCAACCUGCCAUUUUCAAUGAGGAUAUCUGAAGACUCCGAACCGGGAGAUGUUCUGUAUCAAGUAACCGCCAUUGACGGGGAUUUGGGGGAAAAUGGAUCCAUCAUGUACUCACUGGAGGACGACCACGACCUCUUCAGAAUAGAUCCUGACGUGGGCGACGUGUCACUCAAGAGGCCUCUUGACUUUGAAGCCCUGAACAAGUACGUGUUGACAGUCUCAGCCACAGACGAGGGUGGGGAGCCCACUCACAGCACAGGGGCGCGGCUCACUAUUCAGGUGAGGAAUCGAACCAACCCAGUUUUCCAGACUCUUCUUUAUCCGCUGAAAGUCCCUGAGAGCGUCCCGCCGUUCACCACCAUCCUCCACGUCCAGGCCAGAAAUCCAGAGGGCUAUCGGCUCAUCUACAACCUUGAAGAGGAAAACGCCUCCAAACACUUUCACAUUGAUUUCAAAACUGGCGCGUUGACCGUCACCAACCCGCUCGACUACGAGACCCAGACGCUGCACGUGUUGACAGUCCGAGCGACGGACUCUGUGACUGGAACUUUCUCUGAGGCCUCAAUAGAAAUAGAAGUGGAGGACGUGAAUGACAACGCACCCGUUUUCUCAAAGCUAAUGUACAGUGUGAACAUUGCCGAGGGGCUCCCGGUCGGCACUCCGGUGAUACAACUGUCGGCCUCUGACAGGGACUCGGGCAGAAAUAAAGAUUUUGCCUUCAAGAUGGUGAGAACGGAGGGUAACGAGACGGAUUUCUUCGAGAUCGACCCUCACAGCGGCUUGAUUGUAACGAAACAAGUGCUGGAUCAUGAAAACACGAAGCACUUUAAUUUGAAAAUCAAAGCCGCUGACAAUGGCACUGUUCCCCUUGCCGCUGAAGCCAGUGUCUUUGUAAAUGUCACCGAUGUCAACGAUAACCCACCGGACUUCGUCAGCUCGCAGUAUGACGCCACGCUGGAUGAAAUGGCAAAGUGCGGCCACAUAGUCGUCAAAAUCCAAGCUUCCGACCCCGACGCCGGCGACCUGAACAACCUCAAGUACAAAAUCCUCUCCGGAAACGAAGGUCGUUACUUCAACAUCAACGAGUCCUCGGGAAUCAUCUCCUUUUCCAACGUGUGCAAGAGGAACCUGGAUCCUUACUACAACCUGACAGUGGCAGUGUCCGAUGGCGUGUUUCAGAAAACGGCGCCAGUCAACAUUGACAUGAUCCACAGCAACAGGCACAGUCCGGUCUUCAAGCAGAGCAUCUACGAGGCGGAGCUGGCUGAAAAUGCAGAAGCGGGAACCCGCGUGAUCCGAUUAGCCGCCAUCGACCCUGACGACGGGCCGUACGGCAGCGUUGACUACACCAUCAUCAACAAGCUCGCCGAUGAGAAGUUCUCCAUCGAUAAUGACGGGCAGAUCGUUACCACACAGUCACUGGACAGAGAAAACCCAGCCCAGAGGGUCAUAGCCAUUAAAGUGAUGGCAAAGGACGGUGGCGGAAGAGUGGCCUUUUGCACAGUGAAGAUUAUUCUCACCGAUGAGAAUGACAACGUACCUCAGUUCAAAGCGUCAGAAUACCAGGUUUCAAUUCAGUCGACCGUGAACAAAGGGUCGCCCGUCAUUCAAAUCAUGGCUUACGACGCCGACAACGGCAAAAACGCAGACGUCACCUACAGCGUGGACGAGGCCGAGGAGGUGACGGAGGACCUCAUCGAGAUCAACCCUUUCACCGGAGUCGUGAGUGUCAAGGAGAGUCUGGUGGGCAAGGAGAACAGGAUCUUCAACUUCCGAGUCAAGGCUCGCGACGGGAGCCUCCCGUUCUAUAACUCCACGGUCCCCGUUCAGGUCAGAGUGGUUCCCCCCGAGGUUCCUCUUCCCAAGUUCUCCGAGCCUCUCUACACCUUCUCGGCCGCCGAGGACGCCCCCGUGGGGACGGAGAUCGGCUCCGUGCGGGCCGACUCCGACACGCCGCUCAUUUACAGCCUGGUGAACGGGAACACGGUCGAGAGCAACAGAGACAAAGUGUUCAGCCUGGACGAAGACAGCGGGACCCUGCUGCUGCAGAAGACCAUCGACCACGAAAAGACCAAGUGGUACCGGAUAGACGUGCUCGCUCAGGGGAACCACAACGGGACCGACGUGGCGUCGCUGGUGUCCGUCAGCGUGCAGGUCCAGGACGUGAACGACAACCAGCCGGUGUUUGACGCGAGCCCCUACAGGGCCGUCCUGGCUGAGAACAUGCCCGCUGGGACCACCGUUAUUCAGGUGACCGCCAACGACCCAGACACGGAGAACAACGGUCUGGUGACCUACAGCUUGGAGCCGCUGGCCCAUGGCGCCGCCGCCGACGCCACCGACGUGUUUUCCAUCGACGGCGAGAGCGGCUGGAUCACCGCCGUGCGGCAGACGGACUGCGAGGCCGACCGAGUCUUCAGGUUCAGCGUGGUCGCCACGGAUCACGGCGGCGACGCCAAGCUGUCGUCCAGCGUCCUGGUGGAGGUGACGGUGAUGGACGAGAACGACAACCCGCCCAAGUUCUCCGACAACGUGUACCGCGGCUCGGUGGUGGAGGACAGCAGUCCGGGGGAAGUCAUCGUCUCCAUGACGACCACGGACGCCGACGUGUCUCUGGAGAACCGCCUUGUGACGUGUUACAUCACAGACGGGGACCCGCUGGGCCAGUUCGCCAUCAUCCAGCAGGACGAGGGCGAGUGGGGUCUGAUCGUGAAGGAGCGUCUGGACCGCGAGACCAGAGACCGCUACACGCUCAGAGUCACCGCCACCGACGGGAAGUUUGAGGCGCCGGUGACCGUGGACGUCCACGUGCUGGACAUCAACGACAACAGUCCGCUGUGCGAGCAGGUGGUGUACACUGAGGUGGUGAUGGAGAACUCGCCCUCCAGCAAGUUCGUGCUGAAGGUGUCAGCUUCCGAUCCAGACGUGGGAGUGAACGGACAGAUCUCCUUCACCCUCCACGGGCCCGACGCAGACAAGUUCCAUCUCGACCACAGGACCGGCGAGCUGUUCACUCUGGCCGUGUUGGACCGCGAGCGGGACGUGGAAUACAACCUGGCGGCGAAGGCCACUGACGGCGGCGGGCGGUCCUGCCAGGCGGACAUCCUGCUGAGGGUCCAGGACAUGAACGACAACCCGCCGCGCUUCUCCUCCAGCCACUACGAGGUCACGGUGUUCGACAACACCACCGUGCGGACGCCCGUCGCCGUCGUGUACGCCCAAGACCCAGACACUGGCAUCAACUCGGAGGUGAGGUACUCCCUCCUGACGGACGGCGGCGGUUACUUCUCCCUGGACGAGUUUUCGGGGAUCCUGCGGCUGGAGCGACCUCUGACCCCCGACACCCCGCCCACCUUCGAGCUGAAGGUCAAGGCCACGGACCGCGGCCUGCCGCGCCACCUCUACUCCGUCGCCACGGUGACGGUGGACGUGGUCUCCCUGGACGACUACCAGCCCGUCUUCCUGAGCUCCGAGUACACCGCCCAGCACCCAGAAUCCCUGGCGGUCGGGUCGGAGGUGCUGAGCGUGUCGGCCUUCAGCACGGACGGCGGGGCGCCGGAUCCAAUCGCGUAUCGCAUCGUCUCUGGGAACGACGCCGGGCGUUUCCUGCUGGACUCGCGGACAGGCGUCCUCACCCUCGCCGCUCCGCUGGACUUCGAAGUUUCCCGGGAGCACUUCCUGUCCGUGGAGGGGAGUCGCGGCAAGUCGUCGCUCAGCGACAUCACCACGGUUAUCGUCAACGUGACGGACGUGAACGACAACACGCCGGCGUUCGGCCGGGGCGACUACAGCGCCGAGAUCUGGGAGGACGUGACGCCCGGGAGCCUGGUGAUGAAGGUCACAGCCACCGAUCAGGACGGUCCCGUCAACAACCUGCUGCGUUACUCCAUCGUGAGCGGAGACCCUCUGCAGCAGUUCUCUAUUCACCCGCGCAGCGGAGAAAUCACCGUCCGCACCGCCGUGGACAGGGAGGAGAUCCCUCAUUACUCUCUGACGGUGCAGGCGGCAGAUGAAGGAAACCCUCCGCUGUCGUCCGCGGCGCUCGUCACCAUCUCCGUCAGCGACGUCAACGACAACCCGCCGGUCUUCUCCCGGGUCGACCACAGUCUGCUGCUGCAGGAGGGCGAGUCGGUCGGCAGCGGCGUCCUGCAGCUCGUGGUGACGGACAAGGACACGCCGAGGAACGGCCCGCCUUUCUCCUUCCACAUCGUCAGUGGCGACGAGGACCGCCGCUUCCACGUGGACCAGGGCGGCCUGCUGUCGCUCUCCGCUCCGCUCAGGAAGAAGGUCCGAGCGAACCACCAGCUCAAGAUACAGGUGACGGACAGCGGCCUCCCGCCCCUCUCCUCCAUCUGUGUGGUCAACAUCAACGUCACCGAGCAGAGCAGGUAUCCUCCCUCCGUGGUGCCUCUGGAGGUUUUCAUCACCACCUCCGGAGGCCUGUUCGCCAACCGGGUCAUCGGGCGGCUCCACGCCUCGGACCAGGACCCGCAGGACGUGCUGGCCUACAAGCUGGUGUCGGAAACCCCAGACGGAGGAAGGUUCUCGGUCGACCUGGCUGACGGUAAGAUCUGGGCGGACGAGAACCUGGAGGAGGGCUCCUAUUCGCUCAACGUCAGCGUGACCGACGGCAAGUUCAGCGUGUGGACCGGGGUCAGAGUUCACGUGUGGGCGGCCGACCAGAGGUCGCUGGACUCGGGCCUGACGCUGCAUUUGGUCGGGAUGUCGCCCGAGGAGUUCCUGGGAGAUCACUGGAGAGGCCUCCAGCGCAGCCUGAGCGAAGCUCUGGGUUUACCCAGGCAGGAGCUGCACCUGGCCAGCCUGCAGCGGCAGCACGACGCCCAGGCCCUGGAGGCCCUGCUGGUCUGGAGGCAGAGGAGCGGACUCGUCCAGACGCUGCCGACCAGCCGACUCGCAGUCGUGAUCUCCAACCUGGAGGACUCUCUGGGCCUGAGCAUCCCCCGGGUGAGCCACAACGGGUGUCUGGGCUCCAGCUGCCCGCCGCGAGGCUGCAGGAACGCCGUCCGGCUGACGGGUGAGAGGCUGGGCCACUUCAGCACCGCCAGAGCUGGUUACAUCACCCCGCAGCACAGCUGGGAGAGCGUCUGCCCCUGUAACGAGUCGGCAGUGAGGUUCGACGGUAAGUCCUACCUGAAUUAUCUUCACGGGAUGGAUGAAGACGAGCAGCAGUUCAAACUGUCGCUGAGGUUCAAGACGUUCCAGGAGCAGGGCCUCAUCGCGUCCACCAACGGCACCAGCGACUGGGGCGUCUUACAGGUGACCGCUGGAGAGCUGCACUUCGGGUUCCGCUGUGGAAGCUCCGCCCCCGGUUCGCUGCUCGUCAGAUCCGCCGCCGUGUCGGACGGCCGGUGGCACAGCGUCCUGCUGGAGGUCAACUCCACCGGCCUGAGGCUGACCCUGGACCGGCAGCACCCGACCGCCGCCGCCCUGACCGAGCCGUGCCGGAUGACGCGCUCCCACGGCGCCCUGCUCUUCGCCUCGCUCGCCCAGGGCCCUGCGCCCGAGGUCCGCGGCCACGCGCCGGACUUCGACGGCUGCCUGGAGGGCCUGGAGCUCAACGGGCAGCCAAUCAGAGUGGGCGACGCGGCGGAGUGGGCGGGGCCGGGGAGCAGGAGGGCGUUCGGGGUGUACCAGUGCUGCAGCGGGGCGGGCGCCUGCGACAACAACAACCCGUGUCAGAACGGAGGGGCCUGCGAGGAGGACGCCGCCGGAGAGCCGCGCUGCAGGUGUGCGGGACUCUUCCACGGCGCCCGCUGCGAGCUGCCCGACAACCCGUGUGCCUCCCAGCCGUGCGCCCACGGCCGGGUGUGUGUGCCCACGGCCCGCGGCUACAUGUGCAACUGCUCUCGGGACAACGCUGGAGCACGGUGCCACAAUGAGAUCGAGGUCUGUUCGCCGAAUCCGUGUCCCGGAGGAUUUGACUGUAAAGUGACUGACGGCUCCAUCCACUGCGACCCGCUGCCCCAGAAGCUUAAUCCAAUGAUUGGCUACAUGGAAAUCCUGGAGAUCAGUGGCAGCGUGCUGGGACUUCUCUUCCUCGUCAGCGUCUUCGUUUGCGUCAGGAAACGUUACGUUCAGCAGAAGAAGAAAAAGCCCGUGUGCGUCCAGGACUCCAACGGCUAUUUCCACACCAGUCUGGCCAAGAGCCUCAAAGCCGACAAGCGCGAGGUGAGCCCCAUCGAGAUGAGCUCGCUGGUCGGCCCCGUCAACGACCUGGACCACACGCCCUUCAGGUCGCUGCGCCCGCACAGCCAGAUUGGCUUGUCGGGAGGCGGCGACGGGGUUUCCCUUCUGAAGACGCAGGGGCCGGUCGUGUGCAGCGUGGCCCCCAACCUCCCCGCCCGGCCGCCGUCCAGCUCCGACAACGACUCCAUCAGGAAGAACCACUGGGACAUGGACUACGAGGUCUACCCCGCCGACCCCGACUACUACGGCCGCCCGGCCGUGCAGGAGUUCCCCCAGUUCGACAUCGUGGAGGACACCUACGCCAGCUCCGCCGUGGACCCGCGGAGGAACUCCCGAUUCGGCGGCUUCCCGUUCCCGCUGGACCGCUGCGACCGCCGCGCGCCACUGCCGCCGUGCUACAGCAACCAGAACCUGGACGACUUCCUGGGUCCCGACGGGCUUCCCCUCGCCAGCUCGCAGUGCCCCAACGAGUACACGGCCAUCAGCUACUACCCCGCCCAGAACACGCGCAGCCACGACAACGUGUCCGGAGGCUACAAGAGACUCAGCAUGCGCCUGAGCGUGGCCAUGCCGUCGUACGCAGAGCAGGCCGGCCCUCCGCCGCCGCCGCCGAACCCCGCCGAGCCUCAGACGAGACCCGCUGGGGAAAACCCUCGCAGCUACGACGGGUCGAGCAUGGUGGGGAGCGACUACGGGAGCUGUGAGGAGGUGAUGUUUUAGAUGAAGGAAGUAUUUCUCUUAGGGAAGGAGCUUCAAUGCUUCCUUUCCUAUCUCCUUUAGCAUUUAGACACGCCAUUUAGACACGCCAUUUAGACACGCCAUUUAGACACGCACGAACGUAAACGAUUCAAUCUGAAGAAGAAGAAGAAGAAGAAGAGUAUGAAUAUGACCCAGAUGUCAGUUACUGUCACAUUUGAAUCAUAAAACACUGAAACGUGCUGAUGGAGCCGCUGAGGUUUUUGUAGUCCUUGACCCCUUUGACCUCAUGACCUUUUCCCCUGAGGUCGAGGACGAGUAGAGAGGAAGGAGCCCGGAGCUCGUGGAUCCUCCGUCCCUCCGUCUUUAUCGACGGCAGCUUCUUCUCAGACGAGACUCUGUGAAACUCUCGCUGUGAGAAGUGACUCUGAUGAAACUACAGUUCAGAUGUCGUUGACUUGUUUGACGCUUUGUAAAAAAAGAACAGCCCAGAGUCUCGCUGUGCCCGACUAGACGGGGGCAAUUCACAAUUCACUCCUCGACGGGAGAAGUUCAGCGGGAGUUCAUCUUCUUUAUGGAGUGUGUGUGUGAGAGGCCCGUCGAGAGGACGCGUUAUGAGACGGUUGAACAGUGUAACAGACUCGACUGUGUCUCAAAGUCAAAACAAGGCAAAAACUUUUCUUUUUCUUUCAAGCCUCACCAAAAGGAGAAUCUGCGUCUGGGAGAAAAAGAAAGAGGUCCGCUCUCGAAACCAAACCGUCCAAACGACUGCAGCGCCUUCGUUCAGAAACUGAACUGUACAAGGAGGGUGAACAUGCGACAGUGUGACAACAUCCGCAAACGUCUUUCAUCAGGAUGCUGCAGCGUGAAAAUCACUCGCCAGCUCUUUUCCUUUCUGCAAAAUGAGUUUCUGUGCCAGAAAAAAGAAAGAAAAAUGAAUCUAACGUCAAAUCUCGACACAUUAAACGUGACGUCAGGCACAUUUCAUUGCGUCACUGACGAAUCAGCCUCGUGCUGCCCUGCUUUCUUGUUGCCGUGGGUUACGAUGAAGGAGGCUGGAACCUCGGAAAGAGAUUCUUUUUUUUAAAGAUGAAAACCAGGUGACAGUGACGUUGGUCGUGAAGUGGAUGUAUUUGAUCUUUUACUUCUUUAAUCUCUGUUCAUGACUGUACAUUCUGUAGAUGUUUGGGUCUGUGGGCGUCUCGUGGAUUUGAAUGAGCGUGAACCACGUUACAGUGUUUUUUUUUUGUUUCUGUGUUUUGUGAUUCUGCAGCAACUCUUCAUGUGGAGGAGAGAAGUGCAGAAAUGUCUGUUCAGCCAUUUUAAAUGGUGUGAAAUAAUAAAUAUAUAUAUAUAUAUGUAUAUAACUGUCAUAUUGAAUAUUAGAGUCCAUGUUUGGCCUGAACAGCAUUUUUCUAAAAAAUAAAAAAAGAACUGUUUGACAGUGAAGAGCCACGAUAUUCACAAAUAUCAUUUACAUUUCUUUAAGACAGAACGACGUCAAUCUGCUGAUCGCAUAAAAAAAAGAAUUCUGAUUAAAGACAAGGAAAUGCAACAAAUCCUAACAUUUGAGAAAUUGAAUUAGCAAAUAUCUACGCUAUACUUUUUUUUUUACAGAUGACUAUUGUUACGGUCUCUUCAUUUCAUCUUCUUUUCAGUUUAGUCUAAAACGAGUGAACAAUAGUAAUAACAACAAUUACAACAGUCUCCCAAAUUCCUUAUUAAAUAUGAAAAGUAUUGAAUUUAUCAGGCGAAACAGAGAAAAACUGUUUCUGUUAAAUAUCUGAAAGUAUUAAUUUCUCAGUGUUUUCAAAUGAACCAAACCCACGUGUUGACUUUCAUACACGACAUGAUGUUUAGCCGCGACGUGAACCGAACGUUAGCGACGCAGCAGAAAACGUAAUAAUGACAAAAAUAAUAAUAAAACCAAACAGAUGUUUUUAAUGUGUCUGCUCCAAAAACCUUCGGACGUUGAGCUCAGAACUGAUUGGUUCACGCUCUGCGUCGCUAUAACGACCAAUGUCAGCGGGUGAUACUAGUGUUCCAACACGCACGGCCUCGACCGGGACGGUGAGAAAAUAAAAUAAAAUGGUCCCGCUGUUCGGACAGUUUGUGUUCGAGGGGCGAACGUGUGUUUGCUGCUGCUGUGCGGUUGUUACACACACGAGGGAACUGAUACUGGAAAGAUGAUUUAUAUUCUAACGUGUGUUAAAACACAAAAACUCAAGUAACGUUGAAUAUUGUUGUUGUUCAAAUGAAAUGUCUGUUUCUCUGCCGGUGUAACUGAGACUGUUUCCAUUUAUAAUCUCCAGGUGUUGUGUAUAUUAGUCCUGUGUGUGUGUGUGUGUGUGUGUGUGUAGGUGUGUGUGUGUGCGUGUGUGUGUGUCGUCUUGUGCACAAUGUGACUUCAGUUGAAUGUACGUCUGCGUUCGUCUCCACUCAUAAAGUUUUAUUUUUGUAUCAAUGUGGGGCCUCCUCCACGUUCGGCCGCGUUGUUUCUCUGUGAGAGAUUUUUAUUAAGAUCGUCCGUCGUUCUUGUGUUUCUUUGUUUUCAAUAAUGUAAAGAGAAUAUGAAUAAAGAUAUUAUCUUCUAUGAGCACCGGA